UGCUGUGGUGGCUCCAGUGGCUGUGGAGGUUCCAGUGGCUGUGGCUCCUGCUGCUGUCGCCCCUGCUGCUGUGUCUCCACUUGCUGCCGCCCUUGCUGCUGCCGCCCCAUUUGCUGCAGGACCACCUGCUGCCGUCCCAGCUGCUGUGGGUCUUGCUAAUGCUGCCCAACAUCUGCUAUGGCUCCAGCUGCUGCAGCCCCUGCUGUGGUGGCUCCAGUGGCUGUGGAAGUUCCAGUGGCUGUGGCUCCUGCUGCCAUCCUUGCUGCUACCCUUGCUGCUGCCGCCCCAUCUGCUGUAGGACCACCUGCUGCCCCCCCAAUUACUGUGGCUCCUGUUGAUGCGCCCUAUGUGCUGACAGUCUGUGCUGCCGGCCCCCUUGCUCUCAGCCAUUCCAGGAGGUCCAGCUGCUGCAGCCCCUGCUGUGGUGGGAGCUCCAGUAGCUGUGGCUCCUGCUGCUGCUGCCCCAUCUACAUUAGGACCACCUGCUGCCGCCCCAGCUGCUGUGGCUCCACUUGCUGCAGCCCUUGCUGCUGCCGCCCCAUCUGCUGUAGGACCACCUGCUGCCCCCCCAACUACUGUGGCUCCUGUUGAUGCGCCCUAUGUGCUGACAGUCUGAGCUGCUGCCCCCCUUGCUCCUAGCCAUCCUGGAGCUAAUGUCCAGCUCCUGCAGGCCUCCUGCUGCAGCCCCAGAAGCUGCCAGACCCUCUGCUGCACAUCCCAGAGCUGCCCCUCACCUGCUGGGCUUCCAGCUGCUGCCCCCCGUUUGUCUCCAGUCCACCUGAUGCUCCCAGUCUGUUGUAGUGGUUCCUCUGCUGAGACCUGACCUCAUCUCUGUUCUUCAACCAGUGUCCUCCAGGGCCUCCAUCUCUCAGCCCCCACAGGAUGCAACAAUAGGACACUCCCCUCCCUACAGGCUUGCUCUGUCUCUGACCAAUGUCAACAAGUUUGAAUUUUCUGUAGCCUCCCUCUACUCUCACAUUACAUCCCUUUGGAUAUUAUUGCUCUCUGACUUGCUGUUUCAUGUGGACAUAAACCUGCAUCUUCAAUAAAAAUGAAUUUUACUGGCAACACCCAUAA